AUGGCCCUUCUCCGGGAGCGCCGGGUCAGCCCCCUGGUCAAGUCCCUGCUCUUCUUCUUCAACCUGCUUUUCUGGGUGAUGUCCAUGGUGUUGCUGGCUGUCGGAAUGUAUGCUCGGCUGAUCAAGCAUGCAGAAGCAGCCGUGGCGUGUCUUGCUGUGGAUCCGGCCAUUCUGCUCCUGGUCAUCGGUGUCCUGAUGUUCUUCGUCACGUUCUGUGGCUGCGUGNGCCCUCGACUUACGAUGUUCUCCUUCUGCUUGACCCUGCUCUUCCUACUGCAACUGGCUGCGGGCGUUCUCGGAUUUGUCUUCUCUGACAAGGCCCGGGGGAAGAUGAGCGAAGUGCUCAACAAGGCGAUUGUGUACUACCGAGACGACCUGGACCUCCAGAACCUGAUUGAUCUGGGGCAGAAGGAGUUCGGCUGCUGCGGUGGCGUCUCCUACAAAGAUUGGUCCCAAAACAUGUACUUCAAUUGCACACCCCAAAAUCCCAGCCGGGAAAUGUGCUCGGUGCCUUAUUCCUGUUGCCGGCAACCGGAAGACCAGCUGAUCGGGAUCCUCUUGUCCCAGCUCCUGGUCAGUCAGAUCAAAGAUCAAGUCAGAUUCCUGAGCUAUAGCCAGCAGCAUCGGGCCGAUUACUGGUAG